AUGGCCGCCGCUGCCCACCCCACGCCCCCCGACACCAAGCCGGUGCAGGCGCCGGUGACGAUGACGACACAGAGGCAGGACGAGAAGCCGCCGCGACACCCUCACAAUGCGGGCGUCCUACUUGAGUCCAUGCAGGCCAUGCUCAACGGCGCACUGCUCGAGGUCGGCCAUAGCAUGAAGAAUCCACAGCGCCCGAAGCUCACCUUCCCGUCGACCCAAGGCCUCCACGGCCCGAGACACAACAACAUCUCCAUCUCUGCGAGUUACGAGCGCUUUCACCAGUGUCUGGAUGAGAUUGAAAACGAGCUUUUCCGUGCAAAGGCAGUUCUACGCCGAGACUACGCCGCGCGCCGAGAAGAGCGGGAGAAGCGAGAGGAGGAGGAGCAGAAACGCGCCGCCGAAGCUGCACAGAAGAUAGCUGCGGAAAAGAAAGCCGCGGCACCCGCCCCGGUCGUCCCGGUCAAGCAAGAGCAGCGGCAGCAGAAGGACAUCGACAUGGCCGAUGCGCCGGCGGCCGUGAUCCAUAGCUCGAAGCCGACGGCAGACGCGCCCUCCAUCGCCGCGCAUACGCAUCUCCCCCCGCGCCCUCCGGCCAUCCAGACUCAAGCGUCCGCGGGUGACCCGGCGCAGCCUGCGCCUGCGACUGGUACAACCGACGACCUGUUCGGACGCACCCCGACCACGGCAGGCGUCAACAACAAUGCCGACUUCGAUAGCAUGUUUGAGGACUUCGCAGCCAGCAACGACAACGAGGAUAACGGAAGCGACACGAACAUGGACGGCAAUGAUGAAUUCGAUUUCGCACUGCUCCCCGGUCUUGAGAGCUAUGCGAACAGCGACACCAACGCCGCCGACGAACCCGGCACUAAGGACGCCGCGCUCGAAAUCGAUUUCAGCGCGCUCGACAAGGCUUCCGACCCGACGAAGGCCAGCGCUGCCGACAAUGUGAAGGCCGGCCGAGAGGCACUGCUGAAGAAAGCCGAGGAAAACCAGAAAAGAGAGAAGGAGGAGGAAGAAAAGAAAAAGGAAGAAGAGGAGCAGAAGAAGAAGGAUGAGGCUCAGCAAAGCCAGCAACAGCAGGAGAACCAGGAUCAGAACGACAUGUUCGGUCAGGGCGACUCCACGUUCGAUGAUCUGUUCAACUAUACGGACUUCGACAUGGGCGGAACAGGUAGCACGGGCGGUGGCGACACAACAUUCGACGAUGACUUCUUCAACAUCUAA